AUGAUGCAUGGUGGCAGCGCCAUCCCUGGCAAGAAACCCUCGCAUAACCGGGGUGGGACCACUUGCAUGUUUUUUGACGCAGCCCUCUCCACAGCUGCUUCUGAUGCUGGAUAUGAUCUUCUUCACCCACCGGGUGAGAAGGCAACGUUGCUUGGUGGACUUGCCUUGUCCCCACCGCAACCCGACGGCGAAGAUGGUGCGGUAAAAAGCCCUGCGCCUGACGUGGAGGUGCUGAUCUUGGAUGCGGUAGAGAUGGUGUUGGCGGCGUACAACAAAUUCCCUAUCGCUUUCGACACUGACGGAGAAGUCGCUAUGAAGUCUUUUUCAUUGCGUGUAUCCCUCACGAACCUUUGCACGCUUUCGACGCUUCUUUCUCAUCGGCCGCCGUUUUCGUCUCCGGUGCUGGCAGCGCUUUUCCAACUCACGAUCUUGGUAGUGAAGCAUGCCCCACUUCAGGCACUGGAUGAAGAGGGAUGCCGUCUGCUGCUGUGCCUUGUGGAGCUACUUGGGUGUCUGCCGCGCGGCCUUGAGCUCGCUGGGGUACCAAGCAUUCAGCGUGUGGCCCGCAUCACGGCGCGCAACGUCAUGCGCCGUGUGGGACCGCGUCUUUCUCUCUCAGCUUUUCCCGCUUUAUCCCAGGCAAAUGGGACGGGUGCAGCCCCUGCUGCCGUGAAAGAGCAGUUGAAUCGGGAGCUUAUUCCUUGGAUGACGCGACAGCUCUUACCACUGCACGCCGUCACAGGAGCAGCGGCUCAGGCGGACUUAAAGGAGGAUCGUCGUCUCGCCCUCUCUUUGCUGGACUUCAUGUUACUUGGCGAGGGGGAGGAAGGGAGGUAUGGCCUUGUUGGCAGCUACCGGAUUUCAAUGCACUACCUUGCCGACACCGUUGCCUCACUUCUCGAGGAGAAGGAAGAGGAUGGAGGCGUUGAAGGCCACGACAGAGAGGUUGCACUUGCCUUUUUGAAUCGGGUGGAUCGUGCCCUUUUAGCUCCGUCCAUGGACUCACCAGGGUCCACGGCAAGCGUGGGUGAGACGCAUGAAGGGGGGACUCUCUAUCCACCACCACCACUACGGGUGCAGGCCGUUCGAGAGUUUCUGCGGGCGAAGGAUGCGGCAUACGUGGCAGAGUUUACCCAAUUGCAUGAGUGCAUUGAGCAGGAGCAGGAGACCCAUGCUGCUCUUCAGCAGCAGCUUGUGGUUCUCACUAAGGAGCACGCGCGAGUACAAAAUGAGCUACGUGACGAUGUAAUUCGCACAUUUCAGGGGGGCGAAGGGGAUGCGUCAGGUUGCACGUUAAUAAAAAGCGAUGCACUACACAAGGAACCUUCGGAGAUGUUCGCUUCAUCUUUGGAGGAGUGGACCCAUAAUUUGCUGGGGUUUCUGCGGCCAGUGGAAGAGAUCACCAUAGCUUUGCAUGAGGAGCAACAACGACAACGUACCUCCUCUUAG